CUUUAAAAUUCUACAAAAAUAUAUAUAUUGGAAUAUGUUUUUAAAAAUGAUUAUUGAGAAGUGUGUGAAUACUAUUCGUGUUUUAUCAGUGGAUAUGGUUUCAAAAAGCAAUUCAGGUCAUCCAGGCGCACCUAUGGCGCUUGCAACAUCUGUUCAUAUUUUAUUUAAUAAUCAUAUGACAUUUGAUCCAACUGAUCCAUCAUGGAUUAAUCGUGAUCGAUUUAUACUUUCAAAUGGGCAUGCGUGUGCUUUACAAUAUAUUUUGUUACAUUUAUAUAACUACAAAAUUACAAUGGAUGAUUUGAAACAAUUUCGCCAGCUAGAUUCAAAAACACCAGGGCAUCCAGAAGCGUCAGUAACUCCAGGAGUUGAAGUAACUACAGGCCCUCUUGGGCAGGGAUUUGCAAAUGCAGUUGGCCUUAGUAUAGCACAGACGCAUUUAGCUGCAAUUUUUAAUAAGCCCGGGUUUGAUCUAAUUAAUAAUUAUGUAUAUUGUUUUUUUGGAGAUGGAUGUGCAAUGGAAGGAGUUUUAUACGAGGCAGCGUCCUUAGCAGGUCAUUUGAAGUUAGGCAAUUUGAUAUGUUUUUAUGACUAUAAUGGUAUAACUAUUGACGGUGACAUUGGAUGUGCAUUUACAGAAAAUGUGGCGGAGAGGUUCCGUGCGCUUGGUUGGCAUGUUAUUUUUGUUGAUGAUGGCGAUACUGAUUUUGCUUCUAUUGAUGAGGCUAUUGUUGAGGCAAAAGAAGUAAAAGAUCAACCAACGAUGAUUCGGCUUAAAACGACAAUUGGUUACGGUUCUAAGUGUCAAGGUACUGCUAGUGUUCAUGGUGCACCACUGAAAGAAGAUGAUGUUAUAUCCAUUAAAGAAAAAUUUGGAUUUGAUCCUAAAGAAUCAUUUGUUGUUUCUGAUGAUGUUUAUGAUUAUUGCCGCAAAGUCUCUCUUAGAGGUAUUGAUGCACACAAUGAAUGGUUAAAAAUGUUCAGCGAAUAUGAAAAGCAAUAUCCAAAGUUAGCAAAGGAGUUUCAAAGACGUUUAAAUAAGCAACUUCCGGAAAAUUUCAAGCAAGUCUUUCCUACAUAUAAAUCUACAGAUCCUCCGGCUGCAACUCGAAAACUUUCCGAAACUGUUCUUACAAAGAUUUCGGGUAUUCUUCCUGAGUUAAUUGGUGGAAGUGCAGAUUUGACGAGUUCCAAUCUUACUCGAUGGCCAGAUGCAGUUGAUUUUCAGCAUCCUUCUAGAAAAAUAGGAAAUUAUAGGGGAAGAUAUAUCCGAUAUGGAGUGCGUGAACAUGCAAUGAUUGGGAUUAUGAAUGGGCUUGCAGCGUAUGGUGCAAUUAUUCCAUUUGGAGGGACUUUUUUAAAUUUCGUUUUUUAUGGAGCAGGAAGUCUUCGACUUUCUAGUAUUUCUCAUUUACGAAUAAUUGUUGUCGCUACACAUGAUUCUAUUGGAUUAGGUGAAGAUGGUCCAACACACCAGCCAAUUGAGGCAUCUGCAUGGUUAAGAGCUCUUCCUAAUAUGAUGUUUUGGCGCCCGGCAGACGGCAAUGAGUGUUCUGCUGCAUAUUAUGUUGCGAUUACUUCUUUAAACACACCGUCAACCAUUGCGUUAUCACGGCAAAACUUGCCUCAUCUUGAAAAUUCAUCUUUAGAUAAAGCUAUUAAAGGAGGUUAUGUUCUUUAUGAAGAUGAAUUUGCAGAUUUAACUAUUGCGUCUACUGGAAGUGAAGUAUUUCUAUGCGUUGAUGCGAUUAAAAUUCUUAAAGAAAAAUAUAAUAUUCGUGCUAGAUUAGUUUCUAUACCUUGUUUUUAUGUUUUUGAUCAACAAGAUUUUGAUUAUAGGUUGAGUGUACUUAAGGAUCAUAUUCCAGUUUUAGGUGUUGAGGUUUAUACUACGUUUGGAUGGAGAAAUUAUUCUCAUGAACAAUUUGGUCUUGAUACAUUUGGUGCUAGUGCUUCAUACAAAGAUAUAUAUAGCAAACAUGAAUUUACGCCGGAGGGAAUAGCUUGUAGAGCUAAAAAAACAGUUGAAUUUUGGAAACAUGUUGAAAAUAUUCGAUCACCUAUAAGAUGCGCAUUUUAGAUUUUUGACAAUAGAUUUUUGACAAUAGAUUCUUGAAACAAAU